AUGUCGAAUCCUCAGCAGCAAUUCAGUGCGGGCCAAGCACGUGGAGUUGGUGUGGCACAGGCAGACAAAUGGGUGGGAUCUGAGACCAACAGCCUUCAGGCUCACAGGUCAGAUGCAGCCCAGUCGGUUGAGGAGACUAAGGAGCAGGCUGCUGGGUUACUUCAGCAGACUGGGGAGCAAGUGAAGCAAAUGGCACGGGGUGCAGUUGAGACUGUGAAGAACACCCUUGGAGUCGGAGACCACAACAACAGCAGCAGGAGCUGA